CAUGCUCACUGCCAUCUACCGCUGUAUUCCGCUGACACCCAGCAGUUCCACUCCGCUGCCGUGAGACGAAGUGCGGGCUGCUCCGGCGCAAAUGGCUGCGCCCCUGAAAGUGUGCAUUAUUGGCUCUGGAAACUGGAAAUGAAUCAUUCUACUCUACAGUUCUACCUGUGGCACCACCGCUUCAAUACCUUGCCCAAGUGGCCAUUCUACAUGCGAGACUGGACAGGGCUCUGCAAUUGCGAAGAUAAUUGGAAAAAAUGUCCAGAAAAUCCCGAAAUUUGCUAGAACAGUCAAUAUGUGGGUCUUUGAAGAGCUGAUUAAUAACAGGAAAUUAACUGAAAUUAUAAACCAAGAACACGAGAAUGUUAAAUAUCUGCCUGGAUAUAAACUGCCUGAAAAUGUGGUUGCUGUUCCAGACUUGAAGGCUGCUGUACGUGAUGCAAAUUUGCUAGUUUUUGUUGUGCCCCACCAAUUUAUCCGCAAAUUAUGUGAUGACAUUGCUGAUCAAGUGCCAAAAAAUGCUCUUGGCAUUAGUCUUAUAAAGGGAAUUGAUGAAGGACCUGAAGGAUUAAAAUUAAUUUCUGAUAUAAUCAGGGAAAAAAUGAAAAUUGAUGUCAGUGUAUUAAUGGGUGCCAAUAUAGCCAAUGAGGUUGCAGCAGAUAAGUUCUGUGAAACUACAAUAGGCAGCAAAAAUGUAGGAAAUGGUUAUCUAUUCAAGGAGCUCUUACAGACACCCAGUUUUCGGAUAACAGUGGUGGAAGAUGCAGAUACGGUAGAACUGUGUGGAGCAUUAAAGAACAUUGUUGCAGUUGGUGCUGGUUUCUGUGAUGGGCUACUCUGUGGAGAUAACACUAAGGCUGCUGUAAUUCGUCUGGGUUUGAUGGAGAUGAUUGCGUUUGCCAAACUCUUUUGCAAAGGAACCGUGUCUGUUGCGACUUUUCUGGAGAGCUGUGGAAUUGCAGAUGUUAUAACAACGUGCUAUGGAGGGCGAAACCGUAAAAUUGCAGAAGCUUUUGUAAAGACUGGAAAGACUAUUGAACAGCUAGAACAGGAGAUGCUGAAUGGUCAGAAGCUUCAGGGGCCUCAGACAUCAGCGGAAGUACACCACAUUCUCAAACAAAAGUCGAUGGUGGAUAAGUUCCCUUUGUUCACAGCAGUGUAUCAGAUUUGCUACGAAGGCAAGCCAGUGGGAGAACUGAUGGCCUGCUUGCAGAGCCAUCCAGAACACAUGUAAAAGUGCAUUAAGGUGGAUUACAUAUGGAGUUCCUUGUGCAUGGAGCUAAUGCUAGUAUUGACGUGUGGAUCACCAACUAAAGAGAUUGUAUUUGACUAGAUUGCUCUGAAGUAGAUUUUGUGACAUGAAUCGGUUAUGCAGUAUCAAUGGAGUUUCCAUUAUAUUGUUAGUUAAUGUUUGCAAUAUUGUGGUGGAGGGAGAUGAACAUUCAGUCAAAAAUGCCACAGUGAGCAAAUAACAAAGUUUUAUUAAUCUGAGUGCCUAUUCAUAAUGGAAAUACUGUAGCUGAUGGUUUGUAUGUAUGUUGGCAUGAAGUUCAAGCAAACAUUUACGCAUAACUAAAUUUAGUUAUUGGGUAUUGUCAAACAACAAAUUCAGGCAUCAAAUAGCUCAUGGAAUAUCAGGUAUCACUAACUCUGUAACUUGAUAACAGAAUACUGUCAAACCUUAAUUUUUUUUCAAUAAAAUGUCAAUUUUAUUAGUUAUUUUAAUAUAUAAUUUGUGAAAGUCUGUAAUUUUAAGAGUUGUGUAAUUAAAAGCAUAUUGAUGUUAACUGUAGUUAAUUGCACACCUGACUUACUGUAGGUUUGAACCAGAAGUAAAAUCACUUUCCCUGGUGAGAUACAAAUAGACCCUCUCAGAUGGGGGCACUUUUGCUACUUUACAUUUUGAUGCGUCAUAUAAUCUUCAAAGUAUCAGUUCCUAAUGAUAGUUCUCUUACCUCUGAUCCAAAAGACCAAGGCUUCAAGCAGUACUUCAAAGUUUUGAGUAGUUAAAGCAAGUAUCCUUUUGUGCAAUGUCUAUAAUGUAAAAAUUAUAAACAGCUGACAUUUCAAAAAUACUUUACCACUUUAGUUUCUCACCAGCCAGACUGCUGAUUACUUUCUCCACAGCAUACCCCUCUCCCAAGUUAACUUUUUGUCACAAGGCUCCCUGACUCUCGAUUUCUUUUUCCCUUUUCUCUCAUCUGUGGCCUCUCUCACCUCUGACCUGCCCAGAAGCUACCAUUUCCAUCUGACAAACUGUAGCAUCAAAACGGACACACUCACAAAAAAUGCUGCCCUGAAGCAAAGGGGAAAAUCAUUCUUCCAAGAUUCAAAACAGUGCCCUUCUCCCUCCCUGCCUCCACUAUGCAGCAUCCACUGAAUUUGUAGCUCAAUCAUGUGCAUAACAUAUUCUCUUAAAGCCUAGCUGGCCAUUUGGCCCAUUGUGUCCAUUCUGGCUCAUCCCACUCCCUCAUUUAUUUCUUUGCAGCCUAUAUUCUCACAUGCCAAUUCUUAUACAUACCACCCCAACUCCUGUUUCUCCUGCCAUAUAUAGCUCUUGUACACUGAAGGCAAUUUACAGUGACCUAUUAUCCUAUCAAUGAGUAUUUUUGGGGUGUGGGAGGAAACUAGAGCACCAAGCAGAAACCCAUACAGAAUAUGCAAAUUCCACACAGAUAGCACGGGAUCAAAUUCAGGUAGCUGGAACUGUGCCGUGCUGCUGUCCUGACUGAUACUUUACUUUUUAAAACCUUACGACUGAUGCAAGUAAAAGCAGCUACCUUUCCUGGUUUUACCCUGCAGCAUGCGAUGCAGGGCCCACCCCAAGGAUGGUGGGCCUUUCUUUUGAUGUUUGGUUCUGAUCAAACCAAGGCAUGAAUUCAGGUUUUUCUUGUGGCUUGGACUGGAAGCCACUGUGGAUUUCCCAUCAAGGGACGAGAGUGGGAAAGAGGAUCUGAGUCAGAAGAGUAUAAAAGCAGAACACAGAAAUGGGCCCUCUUAGCCCACCAGAUCCAUGCCACGAUGGCAAUGUUUCCUAAUUCCAUUUGCCCACAUUAUCCCCUUCUCCCUCUCCGCCCUUCUUAUCCAGGUACCUUUCCUUUAUAUAUUGUAUCUGCCUCCACCACUUUCCAGAUAUUCACCACUUUGUGUGAGAAAGUUUUUUUUUUAAAAACUUGCCUUAUGAGGUACAUGGUGGCUUCCCUAGACAUGACAAUGCCCCCUGCUGUGGAACCUUACAUUUCCAGUCACCUUAAUGCACUUAAUCUGAGAUGGCAGUCUGGUGCUUCACAUUAAACUAACAGGAGUCUUGUUUGCACAGGAACACCAAAUCACAGUGGCUUUGAGUUGAUGCAGAUCUGCAACAGUCUGUUGGAACAAUGGAAUUUGGAAAAUGUACUGGUCGGUUUCCACAGCACACAAUAGAAUGAAAAAGCUGAGCAGACAUAAUUAUAAAAUUAAAAAAUGCUGAUAAUGCAGCAAAUUGUUGAACUAGGUCAAAGGCAGGUUUUAGAAUCUGUAAGAGUGACUGGAUAAAAUGAGUACAGACAUGCUAAUCACAGUCACAGUGAGAAACAUUUAUCAGCAUGAAGACAUUUGGAACAGUGGAAGAAAUAGUGAUAAGAGUUUUGGCUGCUCGAACUUCCCUUGUGGUCAGAAAAAGUUGGUGAGAGUAUCUUACACAGCUGCCUUGUGAGGUGCUGGCUAUGAGGAAUACUCAUUUUACCAGUUUUGUUUUGAAAACCGUUACUACUGAGACAAUUUUAAUGCAUGCUGUAAUAGUUACCCGUCUUUGGGGAAGUGGCCUCGUUUUCUGAAAAGAAAUGCUGCAUUGUUAGUGGCUUGCUGCACCAGGACAGAGUGUGCAUUCCUGGGGGGAGGGCUUGAUGGCUUGCCCUAUCGACUCCAAGGGCUGAAUCCUCUCAGGAUAAGAACUAGUUGAUGUUUUUAAAGUGAAAAUAAUUUGUAUAAAUUUAGAGAAGCAAAAACAAAAUGCUUUUUUUAAGCCAAACAUAUUCAGAUCUCUGCAGGGUAUACUUUUUUGUGAGUCCAAUGCAAAUGAACUUUAAAGAUCCUUUGCCUGCCUUAUGUAUGAGGCCAUUAUUAAAAUAGUCUUCACUGCAGGAGUGUUGUAGAUAAACGUGGUCAUGUCUAUAAACUAUGAUUGUAACAUAGAAUGUCAGAUGGGAUCACUGGCAGCAUCACGAGACCUCUGAGACCAUUUAAAAGGCCACAUUGCCACCCUGGCUUGAAUUGCAAUUCAACAUCAAACCUAAAAGCUGUUUUUUUUCCCUCUCUGUCUGACCAUUUGCUAACGAGAUUAAGUUUGAAGAUGCUUUAAAGCUAAUGAAGGUGGUAGAUUUGAAAGAUGAACCCUGAGAUGUGGGAGGAUUUAAUUAUUCUCGCAUUUGCAGGUUUUGUCAGGUUUACAGUACAGGUUUUUGUCUGUGGAACCCAUAGAUCAGAUCUUACCCAGACUCAUUAGAUUGUUGUUACUGAAAGUCUAACUGUUCUCCAUUUACCCUGCCCAUUAAAUCAGGACUUAAACACACAAGCAUAAUGAAAGGGGAAGGGUAGUGUUUUGUUCAGAAAACCCUAAUUCUACAUUUAGAAAACAAAAUUGCAAACUGUGUUGGCUUAAUUGAUUACUGAGUGCAAUGAUAUUAUGCUAAUUUUUUAGACCAAGAUCCCACAUUCUUCAGUUAAAUUAACAUCACAAAUGACAGUUCGCUACUCAUUGAGCAUGGCGGUGCAUCGGAAGAACAGCACUUUCACUUGGCAUUCCCAGGGUAAGAAUGGGAAAUCAAAUAGAAACCAUGCUUUCGGCCUCAUUCAUCAACUUCUUUCAGAAAGGCCGUAUGUGGGAACAGUGGUAAAUAUAGGUACCAGAUCUCUGGCCAAGCAUAUGAAAACUGAACUGAUUAAAUGGAGCACUUCUCUUGAGCUUUCAAAAAUUGGGGGAAGGGGAAGUUUUUAAUGUCAACAACAAGCCAUUCUGUUCUCAGCCAAGAUGCCACAAAUCUAAAAUAGCAACAGAAAAUGCUGGAAACACCUGGUAGCUCUGACAGCAUCUGUGCAGCAAUAAAUAUAAAGCAUGAAAUUGGUGAUUUCCUCGUGCACGAGGCUUAUGCUUAUACUUCUAGCUCAAUUUUAUUUAGGCUUCAAACACCUUUUGAUUCAUCAGGCAAGAUUCCUCUAUCACAUAUUUGAGAAUUGUGAUAAUCAAAAUCCAGUUACGCUUACAUAAAAGCACAGCUCUGAAGGACUGACAAAUGUCUCCAACUGAGAGCAAAGGCUACUGAUGGAGAAAGUGAAUUUUAAAACACUGCCAGAUAAGUAAGGUGUGCAAUGAAUUUGUGAUACUGCUAAAAAUGAAUUAAAAAUAAAUGUAAAAACAUUUCAAUUAUGAAUUAAGAUGUUUUACUAAUGUAAUUUCUUAACUUUUUAACACUGCUGGGAAUGACAAUGUCAUUGUACAACAUUGCACCCAGAUAUGAACAUUGUAAACUAAUAUCUCAAAAUAAAGUUUAAUUAUGCUGAUUUAUUUUGGAAAACAUGGAAUUCACAGCAAGAAGAAAUUUUCAAGGCCUCUCAACCCAUGUAGAGCUCUUUGUAACAAUAUGAAGAACUUUUUUGAAUACUAUUCCAUUUACUCCCCAUUUAAAGUAAUAAUGAUUUGUAAUAUAUGCAAGUAUUGUUUCCACUAACUUAGUAAGGAAUCAAAUAAGGAAAUGGAUUAACUAGGCUUUUCAUUUAAAAAUGGAAAUACAUUGAACAUGAAAUGGGACAAGUGGAGCAGAAUUGAUUUUCAUCUGGGGAGAAAAUGAUUCCACAUCUCUUCAUUCAUUUUAACCCGACUGCCUCAUUUAAUCUUGAAUACAGGCUGAUUUUGCUGCACAACUAAAUGUGGACAUGUUUUCCAUAAUUUAUCUUCAGUUCACUUCAACUACCCUGUCACAUUCAUGGAGCGAAGUAAUUCCAUUCUAUGUGACAAAAUGAAAUAUUCUAUGAAUAGAAACACCGAGGGAGGUAAUUUUGCACUCCCCCCCCCCC